UGAGGCCUUGGCAGGUGUGCCUGCAGCACAUUUCACCCUGGGUUCCUCCGGGGAGCCCUGGCCUACUGGAGGACAAUGAUGUUCAGGCUGCUGCUCCUGGGUCUCAACUUCUUCCCCUCAAUUCAAGUAAAAGAAAAUAAGAUUUUGGUGAAGCAGUCACCCUUGCUUGUGGUAGAUGACAAUGAGGUCAACCUGAGCUGCAAGUAUACCUACAAUCUCUUCUCAAAGGAGUUCCGGGCAUCCUUGUAUAAGGGGCUGGACAACGCUGUGGAAGUCUGUGUUGUGAAUGGCAAUUUUUCCCAUCAGCUUCAGUUUCACUCAAAUACUGGGUUCAACUGUGAUGGGAAUUUAAGCAAUGAAACAGUGACUUUCUACCUCCGGAAUUUAUAUGUUAACCAAACAGAUAUUUACUUCUGCAAGAUUGAAGUCAUGUAUCCUCCUCCUUACCUCGACAACGAGAGGAGCAAUGGGACCAUUAUCCACAUUAAAGAGAAACAUCAUUGUCCUGAUCCCCAGCCUUCUGAGCCUAAACCCUUUUGGGUAUUGGUGGUGGUUGAUGGAAUCCUGGCUUUCUACAGCUUUCUAGUAACUGUGGCCCUUUGUGUUUUCUGGAUGAAUAGUAAAACCAAAAGGCUCCUUCAGAGUGACUACAUGAACAUGACUCCCCGAAGGCCUGGGCCCACCCGCAGGCACUACCAGCCCUACGCUCCAACAAGAGACUUUGCAGCAUACCGCCCCUGACAGGGCUGCCUAUCCAGAAGCCAGUUGGCUGGCGCCCCUCCAACUACUCAACACCACUGCUCUGGAUAGGAAAGCAACACCUCAUUUUCAGCCAGCCACCUUGUUAGGCCACCAAGCCAAUUGUUCUUGAACAUCUGGGCUAUAUUUUAAGAUCAUCUUGACACUGCAAUGAAGUUAAGUUCCUGUGACAGGCUCAGUCUUGCUUUGUUAAGACCCCAAUUCAAGCUUAUCAUAUAUUUAUUGACUUGAUCAAGAACUUAGAGAAGUCAACAAAAAGUGAGUGGAUUCUCUCAGCUUUGAAUUCUGCUCCUAGACUGCUGGGUGAGACAAGUUCCUUCCACGUUUGUUUUCCCAUCUCAGUCCAGCCAGGUAUGAUAUUCAAAGAUAUUUUAGAUGGAGAAGAAAGCUAAGAAAAUAAUUUCCUUUGGUUAAAUAGGUAUUUAGGGUAGGUUAAACUGAGGGAGAAGGUAGUGUCACUAAAUAGUUUUAAACUGUUAAAACACUUUCCUCCUUAUGAAAUGAGCCACUUGGUUGUUAUAUAAUGCUAUUUUCCUGUUAAAACGAUGUGGACUUUAAUGAAUUCUGACCAUGUCAGUUUAAGUCACAGAAUUCCCUCAAAACAUAAGUAGACUUGCUUUCUUCAUUCCCAGUGAUAAGAAUUUUAAUGUUCACAGUAUGACUUCAAAAGAAUGGAAGAAUCCUCCCACACAAAGAAGAAUGUGUCCAAAAAUAAGGUCACAUUAUGUCAAAAUGAUUUGAAUACUGUGAUGGAUUAUUUGUUCAGCAGCACAUUCUAGCCAAGCUGCUGUGUUUCAACUUUGUACGGUUGCUCUCUUUGUGUGGAAAUCGGAAGUGAGAUGCAUAGAACACCCAUAAGGGAAGGGAUGGUAUUGUGAAAGGGGAGGUUAGUGUCUGUUAAGGUACAAGGGAUGAGUUCCAAGAAAUUUCUUCUGAAAAAGGGAUUGAAGCAAUUCUUGCCAUGUGCUAAUGUCUGCAUUGAGUGGACACUUUUCCAGAAGGCACCAAAUAGAAGAAUCCUUGGUGUAAGAGUUCCUUUAUAGAAACUUUCAGCACUCCAGAAUUCUGUGGGUUCAGUUACCCAGGUACCCAGGAGAAACAUUGGCAUGGAGUAUGACUCUUGAAACAAUGUCAAAAUGCUCUUAAAAGAUCUGAUCUUGGAAUGACUAUGGAUAUUUUUCUGCUUCCAGUUUGGGUCAACUGAAAUAUACCUAAGCAUCCUGAAGACUAGCUCUACUGCCUCCAUUAUCAUUUGUUCAGUACUUUGUACUAUAGGAGCCUAUGUUUUAGAGGUAGAGAGAAGUGUUUCAAAUCUCAUCACUAUUUGAAUGGCCUCAGGCAAGUCACUGGUCACCUACCACUAAGACUCUUCAAUUGUAAAAUGGACAUAAUGAUCACAAAUAUCUAUCUGUCCUUGUAUUAUAAUCUCCAUGAGGGCAUGGCUACUGUCAUGACAGUCAAGGCAUACUGUCAAGAUACCAUCCUAGUCUUUAUUCUUGAGUAUAAUAUUUUCACUUAUUAUCAUAUAGGUAAAUUACAUGUAGAAAUUAAAUGGGACAAUGAGAACAUCAAAAUCCUCAAUUUUUCUAUUUCUUGAACUAUUGUAUCUUGUAAUGAAAUGUAAGGCAUUUUCCCCACUUUGUAUAUAAAGAAGUCUUAAUUAUGUUUUAGUGUGGGAAGGAGAGGAGCCUUAGGAAUCUUAUGCUUCUGACAGGAAAUAUUGUACUCUGAUUUUUAAAAAUCUCUUCUGUUUUUUGUAUUUAAUUAAUCCAGAGAAGGUCAAGUUCACCAGUAGUUGUUUGAUGGACUGCUAUUUUACAUGUGUACUUGUGUCUAAGGCCAACCUCUUGGCACACAGAAUUCUUCAAUCCAAGUUAUCUGAUUAUAUUUUUUAAAUUGAUAGAGCUGGAGAAUUUGUAGAAAGGGCAGUAGCAAAAAAAUAAACACUUUUUUGUGAACAUGGAAAGAUUUGAUCUUUGGCAAUAAGUGGUUUUGUUUUCUAACUGGAAAUGUAGGUUUACUAAAGAUGAAUCACACUUGAGAUUUUUCUUACUCAUGCUGAACAGAACCAAACCAAAGUCAUGUUAUGUAGGGAAGUCCAUUUUCACUAUUAGUGUGAACCUAGAAAAAGUU